AUGGAGGAAGCGGCUGAAAAUAACAAUGAUUCUCUGUCUAUUGCGAGGAAAAGCACUAAGAGAACAAAGAGUGGGGAGGAAAUUCCCACAAAGAUACGGAUGAGGGAAGCGGCGAAAGAAUAUCAAGCUGGAUCUUUGGUGAAUGCUAAACAAAGAUCCUUUGCAGAAGUUACGGGUGUGGAGAACAGGGUAGCAGGUGACUCAUUCCCCUGCUUAGCGGAGGAAGAAGCUCCAGAUCUGGAACCAGUAGACCCAAGCUUGGGUGUGAUUACAAAAUGGGGAUUUCAAACGAUAAUCAAAGAAGAUGGAUCAGUUGAGAUUAGGAGCAAUAGUGAGGCCAGAGCUAGGAUGUGCCAGCGAUGGAAGAAUGCACUGAUUGUCAAGCUCCUAGGAAAGAGGAUCGGGGCGGGUUUCAUGAAGAAGAAGCUUGAAUCUCUUUGGGCAAAGGUUGGAAGCAUCACGGUGGCAGAUCUGGGAAACGAAUUCUUCUCAGUAAGGUUUACCAAUUUGGAAGACCUAAAUCUAGCCAUCACGGGUGGACCUUGGGUCAUCUUAGGGCAUUACCUUGCCACGAGGAAAUGGGAACCUCGAUUUGACCCGGACAAAGCAAAUAUUCAUAAGGUUGCUGCCUGGGUCCGUCUAAUAGAUAUCCCUCAGGAUUAUUGUGAAUUCCCGUUCCUCAACCAUCUGGGAACCGUGAUUGGAAAAGUGCUCAAAGAAGAUAGAACAACUUCUACAAGAGACAGAACUCGGUUUGCUAGGGUAUGUAUAGAGAUCGAUCUCUCAAUGCCGUUGAGAGAUGAAUAUAUACUUGAUGGUAGCAGAAAGAAGGUUGAGUAUGAGGGCUUCUUCCUGAUAUGCCUCAAAUGUGGAAGGUAUGGUCAUAACUCUGAUUCAUGUCCUGACCUUGCUAAGCCUGCUCCCUCGGCUAAAGCUGAAAAGGAUCUUGAUCAACCAGUGGAGAAGACUUUCCCACAAGGAGUAGGGCCCUGGAUGGUAGUCUAG